GGCCACAUCCAGACCUUUCAGCAGGCCGGUUUCAGCAGGGCCACGUCACCACGGCCCUCUGUGGACUAUGACGACGAAGAGACGGACUCCGACGAGGACAUCAGAGAGACUUAUGGAUAUGACGUAAAGGACUCGGGAGAGGUGAAGCCGUACUUGUUCUGUGACGAGGAGAUUCCUGUGAAGUCGGAGGAGGUGGUCAGUCACAUGUGGCCCACGACACCAUCUUUCUGCACGGAGCACGCGUACUCCUCUGCCUCGAAGUCCU